CAAGGAAUAAAAGUUGGCUCAUAAGAGUAUGGUGGAAAAUGGCAGAAGUUUCGAGAAAAUAGCCCGUACCGACGUCAAGGAUUUGAGGUUCAAUGCAGAGCCACUUGUUGAGAAUGUUAAUGAGCCAACGGGUGAAGACGAAAGAAAGUUCAAAAAGUACGCAUCUGAGAUUAGAGCACGCAAUAAAUAUGAGAAUCCGCUUAAUAGAGAAUUUGCCAUAUACAAAGAUUUGCCAGAGACAAAAGCAGAGAGAAAAAACCUUCAGUGCUUCAAACAUGAGCAAGUAAGUAGCAGUAAAAUUGACUUGCAACACUCCAAACUACAGAAAAAAUCAAACAAGUACGGUGGUCUUCGAAUGAUCAGUGAUACUGUUCUUACUAAAAGAAAUUUUUCCAGUGAUAACGAGCUGAAUCCAACAAAACAGGCAGAACUUAGUGAAUCUUCAGGUUUCCCCGAAGAUACAGAGCGAGCUGAAAAUCUCAACCAAAUUUACUCUAAGAACUAUAUUGCACCCGAAAAAACCUUUGAAAGGUUCAGAGCACCGUUGCAAAGAAAACCGCUUGCUUUGAUUUCUCCAUUUGCAGGGCACGAUGAAAUCUUUAAUUCUGAGCGAACGAAACUUCUGGCUGCUAAUGCGAAACAAGAAAGUGACUAUAGUGACAGUGACCUGGACAACUCAAGCGAUAAAGAAAACAUAUAUCCAAGUAUUGAACUUGAGAAACCCCUAAUAGGCAGUGAUGAUAGUCUCGAGUCCCAGAAAUACGGUGAUUCCAGCUCGAAAUACGGGGCAAUACAUCUCUUCACUCCACAACACUACUGGAAUCUAACAUUUACACGGAAACAAUCAGGAACUACUGUUUCUUUGGAAGAUUUCCACCUGUUACUUUACGACUACGAAAGGUUAUGGGAUCGCUACGUUGGUGAUUUUGCAAAAGACACAGUCACGUGACCGAUACGUGUUGGGGGUAAAUGAAGUUCGCACUUUUUUUUUUCACUGCUCUGCAACGAUCCCGUCACAUAGAUAGCUUUCCAUCACGCAUGUUAUUAGUUUUAAACACGCUUAGCUUGUACUUCUCAGAAAGUUUGUUUCUAGUUUAUAUACC